UCUCUCUCUCUCUCUCUCUCUCUCUCUCUGUGUGCGGGGGAUCUCUCUGAGUGUGUUUGCUAGUUUUUCUUGGUGGCCUGGCUUUUCAAGUAUUGCUUCGAGUUGCAUAGAAACAAAAGGGUGAGGUGAGGAGGGGUUGGUGAGAGAAUAUCUCGACAAAGAGAGAAUAAAGCUUUGUCUCUUGUUUUCUUGUUUUCGGUUUUUGGUGGGUGAUCGCAGAGAAAAAGGGUGAGGGAGUGCCAAAGAAUGGGAAGACAACCAUGCUGUGAUAAAGUUGGGUUAAAGAAAGGGCCAUGGACAGCUGAAGAGGACAAGAAGCUCAUCAACUUCAUCCUCACCCAUGGCCAAUGCUGUUGGCGAGCUGUUCCCAAGCUUGCUGGACUGCUGAGGUGUGGAAAGAGUUGCAGGCUGAGAUGGACCAAUUACCUGAGGCCAGACUUGAAGAGAGGGCUUUUAUCCGAGUAUGAAGAGAAGAUGGUCAUUGAUCUCCAUGCGCAACUAGGCAACAGAUGGUCAAAAAUAGCCUCUCAGCUCCCAGGAAGAACAGACAAUGAGAUCAAGAAUCACUGGAACACUCACAUCAAGAAGAAGCUCAAGAAGAUGGGCAUUGAUCCUCUCACUCACAAGCCAUUAGUCACCAGCAACAACACAACCGAUCAACAACCCCCCCAAACAACCCAGACCCAUCACCAAGAAUCAACUGAUCAAGAACCAACCUUAUCAUCAUCCACCAAUGAUUCUUCAUCCCAGACAGAUCCCAACAAGGUCGAUCUCGAGUCGCCAUCGACCGUGAUGGAGUCAAAAGAAGAAGAAAGAAGCACGUUUGAUGAUGCAAUGGAGGCCAUCAACAGCUUCCUCUGCUCAGAUGAUGUCCCACUCAUCGACCCAUCUGAGAUCUUAGUCCCUUCUUCUUCUUCGUCAUCUUCUUCGUAUUCGACUUCACCAUCAUCUUCGUUGGAGGACAACAACAUAUUUGAGGACCUGCAGUUGCCGUUCAUGGACUGGACUCGUGGCGAUUUCGGCGAAAAUAGCAACGGCAACGACAGUUUGUGUCUUUGGAACGAUGAAGACUUCAGUUGGGACAUGUUAAUCAAUGCUGACCCUGUUUUGGACCAAACGUCUCACUCGUACAAUGGGCUCUUGUGAUUGGAGAAUUCGGUGGAGUAAAUACACGUUCUAAAAUUCAGUUACUAGCAGAAUAAAUAGAGUGUUGGAGAACCGGGUAAAAACCCCAUCUCCACCGAUAUGUAGCAAAUAUUCUGUUUUUCUGUUUUUUGUGGGGGCACUUUUGCCUUUUCAAAGCAUUUUACUUCUAUGAAAGAAAAAUGAAUAUGUGAGAGAGCUUAUGUGAACCACGGAAGGAUCAGGAAAUGGUACAAAAAUCCAUAGUCUAGGGGACCAUUUGCUACUCUUUGAUUGGAAGUUUUAUUUUUCCAGAAUGAAUCCUAAUAUUUGGCAA